GACGAAAGGCAAAGGCUCGUUAAACCAGCCGUAGACAGCUCCUUGGGGGAAAAAGAAUCGCACGGAAUUUCAGAGGAACGGACCCAAAAUCUGCCACCCCACUUCAGUUCACUGUUCGCCAACGAACUUCCACACAGACACACUAGUUUGUUGUAGAUUAAAGACCCUCUCUCUCUCUCUUUCUUUCGCUCGUUCGCUCUUCGUUUUCCCUUUGAAGCCAGCUCAAACCUCCUCCUCCUGCUUGUUCCUCGGCUCUUCUCAAUUUCUCUAUCCCCAAUUCAAUUUUUUCCCAAAAAGCCCCUCACUUUCGUUUGAAUGCCUAGCUCAAACCAUUCAAUUUAACCCCACCGCCGUGAGCAAGGAACAACAAUGAUAGUGCGGACUUACGGUCGUCGCAACCGAGGCAUUCCAAGACCUUGCUCCUCCGACACCUUAAACGACGCCGUAGACGACGAUUCCUUUAAGGACUCCCUCUCCCAAGAGAGCCCCCUGGACCAAGGCCUCGGCCUCUACAGCGGCUUCGCCUUCUCUUCCCAGGACUCUUCCUCCCUCCACUGGGCUUCCGACUCCGACCCCUACGCCCCAUCUUCGAGUCCCGCUCUCGACGAUUCCAUAAACGGCGCCGUUAGGAGGCCGAAGAAGCCGAGGAGGGUCGGGAGGAAGAGGGAGGCGGAUUUGAUCAAGAACUGUACCAGGUCGUCGAUUCCUGCCACUUCGACGCUGAUGGAGGCCCAGGAGUUCGGGGAGAUGAUGGAGCACGUGGACGAGGUCAAUUUCGCAUUGGAUGGGCUCAGGAAAGGCCAGCCCGUUCGGAUUAGGAGGGCGAGCUUGCUGUCUUUGUUGUCUAUAUGCGCCACCGCGCAGCAGAGACGGCUCUUGCGGACUCAAGGGAUGGCAAAGACGAUAGUUGACGCUAUUUUGGAUCUCAGCUUUGAUGACUCACCCAGCAAUCUGGCUGCUGCAGCUCUUUUCUGUGUUUUAGCCAUUGAUGGUCAAGAUGAUCAUCUUUUGGAAUCACCCAACUGCAUUCGUUUUCUAAUCAAGCUGUUGAAACCAACGGUCUCAAUGUCUGAUGAAGAAAAAGCACCAAAAAUAGGCCGCAAGCUUCUAUCAUUAUGUAAUGUUGCUGACAUAUGUCGUGAUAAAAUGAAAAGAUUAGAUUCCAGUUAUGUCGCUAUUGUUUCCAAGGUUCAGGAAGUUCUACUAAGUUGCAAGGAACUGAAAUCAAGUUGUGCGGAUGACAGUGGAAUUGGGAGACUAGAGCUAUGCCCAAAAUGGAUAGCUUUGCUGACUAUGGAAAAAGCUUGCUUAACCACCAUCUCUCUUGAAGAAACCACUGGUGCAGUAAGGAAGACGGGGGGCAAUUUCAAGGAAAAGUUAAGAGAGCUUGGAGGACUUGAUGCUGUCUUUGAGGUCAUCAUGAAUUGUCAUUCCGAUAUGGAGGGUUGGAUGGAACAUAGUUCACCUUCUACUCAGGAUGUCAAGACUGACCUGCAUUUACAAAGUCCGAUGCAGCUAUUGAAAUGUUUGAAGAUAAUGGAAAAUGCCACAUUCCUAAGUACAAAUAAUCAGAGUCAUUUGCUUGGAAUGAGAGGAAACUUGGAUCCUCUGGGAACCUUACUAUCUUUUAUAGAGGUCAUUGUAAAUCUUAUCAAGAUUCUCUCAGGUCUUUAUCUACUUAGAAGUUCUUCUGCCGCCUCCAAGGAUGAAAAGUCUUAUAAUCUGCCCAAUGGGACAGGUCAUGCUUCUGAGUUGGCUUUAAUUGAAGACUACAAAGUGGACAGCAUUGAGUCCUUUUCCAUCAAUUCCUCUAGAAAGUUCUGUAGCACGGAGAGGACCUCCUCUCAGAAGAGCUUCAAUGUAUCUGGGAGCAGAAAAUUGUUACCAAGUACCGGGGAACAGAAUUAUUGUAUAUCCAGUUCUGAGACUACUGGCCCUUUAGUGACUGAUACUUAUUCAUUAAAGAUGAGAGUCAAUUCUUCCAUGGGUGGCUUGUGCAGUGGGACUUCAAGGGGUUCAAACAGUGGAAUAUUAACAACGGAUAAUGGUUCCAGUAAGCUUUUUGGUCUUGGCAAGAGACCAAACUUUACUGAAGAUGCCAAGCUUGAACUUGAGGAUGGUGAGGAUCCUUUUGCUUUUGAUGAAGAUGAAUUUGAGCCCUCAAAAUGGGACGUAUUAUCUGGGAAGAAAAAAACAUCUCGAACUCGAAAAAGUGGGGUAUCAUACAGGGAACUUGAAGAUGGGUGUCAAGCUCAGAUUUUAACGAGCCAACAAGAAUCGAGUAAUGGUGACAACAAUCAUUCCCAUGAACUUUCCUGUCCAAGCGCUGUUGAUGAAGUGUGUUCCAGUCUUCUAGCUGAUUGCCUUCUGACUGCUGUUAAGGUUCUUAUGAACUUAACGAAUGACAAUCCUGUUGGCUGUCGGCAAAUUGCUGCUUAUGGAGGACUGGAGACCAUGUCAUCUCUGAUUGCUGGCCACUUUCCUUCAUUCAGCUCAUCGUCAUCCCCUUCUAGUGAUAUGAAGGAGAAUGGUUCUAGCAGUGAUCUUGACCACCAGAAUGAUUGGCACCUCACUGAUCAAGAGUUGGAUUUUCUUGUUGCUAUUUUGGGUCUACUUGUGAACUUGGUUGAAAAAGAUGGUCAUAACAGAUCACGGCUUGCAGCAGCCAGUGUUCAAUUGCCUAGCUUGGAAGGGUUAGUAGAGGAGAGUCACAGGGAUGUAAUUCCACUACUGUGCUCUAUCUUUUUGGCGAACCAAGGAGCAGGCGAGGGAGCUGGGGAAGGAAAUCAUUUGACGUUGAAUGAUGAGGCGGCUGUGUUACAAGGAGAGCAAGAAGCUGAGAAGAUGAUUGUAGAAGCAUAUGCAGCCCUUCUUCUAGCAUUCCUUUCAACAGAAAGUAAGACCAUACGUGAUGCCAUUGCUGACUGUCUCCCAAAUCGCAGCUUGACAAUUCUUGUACCUGUUUUGGAAAGAUUUGUGGCAUUUCAUUUGACAUUAAACAUGAUUUCUCCGGAAACACAUAAAGCUGUUAGCGAAGUGAUUGAAUCAUGCAGGAUUCCAUGAGAGCUCAAGAGAGACUUUGUACAGCCUCAGCAUUCAUUUCACAUAUCAGGCAAACAAGCUCUAUCAAACUGAGGAAAAACAUGUGUUAUAUAGUCUGACUGAUCGUUUUGUUUGCUUCUCUUAUUUUCUUUCUUAUUAGGAUCCUUUCCUUUUCUUUUCUUUUUUAAUCUUUUUUGGGUUUCUUUAGCACAUCGAAUUCUUUCUUUUAGGUCUUUCUGCGCCAUUUCAGGCUGAGACGAGACGCUUGUUGUAUACACGAAAAAAAGGAAUGAUAAUAGAAUGAAAGUGUUCACGUUUGUGCAGUA